AUGUUGCCCGCCGGUGUUCGACGAGCUGCCCCCGCGGCACGUGCCGCCGUCACUGCCCGUAUCGCUACCGUCGCCCGCGUCGGCACGAGGCCUGCUCCGACCCAGGACCGAUGCCUCACGAACCGACGAGCCCUCUCGACGAGCCGAGCGCUCUUGACCUCUUCGCCUGGCCGAGAUAGGACCCGAGAGAUUGUUGCGCAGACAGUGAGCAGCAUUGGCAGCAAGCGUGAGGGCCAGCAGUACCUCAAGCUCUUCACCUCGGUCUCGUCCCAAAAGUUCGCCGUCAUCAAGGUCGGUGGUGCUAUCCUUACCGAGUAUCUCGACGAGCUCUGCCGCAGCUUACUCUUUCUCUACGAGCUCGGCCUAUAUCCUGUUAUUGUCCAUGGUGCUGGCCCGCAGCUCAACCGCCUGCUGGAGGAGGCCGGUGUCGAGCCCCAGUUCGAGGAGGGCAUCCGGGUCACCGACGCCAAGACUCUGGGUGUUGCUCGCAAGCUCUUCCUUGAGGAGAACCUGAAGCUCAUUGAUCGCCUUGAUGAGCUUGGUGUUGCUACCCGAUCCAUCAGCGGUGCCUUCAUGGCCGACUAUCUCGACAAGGAGAAGUGGCAGUAUGUUGGAAAGAUCACCAAGGUCAACAAGGAGGCCAUUGAGAAGUCCAUUGAGGCUGGUUACAUCCCCGUCCUGACCUCCAUGGCUGAGUCUGAGGAUGGCCGUCUCCUCAACGUCAACGCCGAUGUCGCUGCCGCCGAACUUGCCCGUGCCCUGGAGCCCUUGAAGGUCGUGUAUCUGUCUGAGAAGGGAGGACUGUUUGAUGGUGAUGGCGAGAAGAUCUCGGCCAUCAAUUUGGAUGCCGAGUUUGACCACCUCAUGUCCCAGCCCUGGUGCCGAUAUGGAACGCGACUCAAGAUCAAGGAGAUCAAGGAGCUUCUCGACACCCUUCCUCGCAGCUCCUCGGUUGCCAUCAUCCACCCCAGUGAUCUGCAGAAGGAGCUGUUCACCGACUCCGGUGCUGGUACCCUGAUCCGCCGUGGUGACAAGGUCCAGAAGGUCGAGUCCGUCAGCGAGAUCAGCGAUCUUGCCAAGUUCAAGCAGACCUUGGUCCGUGACCGGGAGGGCCUUGAUGCCGAGGCUACUGUUGACCGAUUCAUCGAUCUCCUUGGUGAGAAGAAGUUCAGCGCCUACUACGAUGAUGGCAUGCAGUGCUUGGCUGUUGUCUUUCCUGUCAGUGAGGAGCGACCUGUCGCCACUCUGGCUACUCUCAACAUCACCAAGUCUGGUUGGUUGAGCAACAUUGCUGAGAACGUGUUUGCCGCCAUCAAGAAGGACCACCCUAGCCUGGCCUGGACUGUCAGCGAGGAGGACGAGAACCUGACCUGGUUCUUCGAGAAGGCUGAUGGAAGCUUCAACAAGAACGGAAGCGUCCUGUUCUACUACGGAUGUGAUCUCCGCUCCGACGCCCUCAUCCCCGUCUACGACGACUUUGUCGCCCACGGCCGAGCCAUGCUCGGCGACACCAACCUGGAGUCCCGGCUCCGCAGCGCCGCCCAGACUGCCAGCAAGGCUCUCAACGCCUCACAGAGCCGAACCUAA